UCUCUGAAACCUUAAAGUAGGGUAAUCCUUAAUUUUAAGUACAUACCAUAGUUAAGUAUUAGUUCUUCUUCUCCAUCACAUAUAGAAGUCAACUAUAAUGUUUUCUCUUAUUCUUAUAGUAUUACUGCAAGUUCCCAAUACGUGUGAUGGUAGAAAUACCAUAAACCGUACUCCAUGCAUAUCUUCUUGCGGCAACAUCCGUAACAUCAGCCACCCUUUUCGACUCAAAUCCGAUCCUAAACAAUGCGGCUACGAUAACAGCUUCGAGCUUUCUUGUGAAAACAACCUCACUAUUCUUCCAUUAAAUUCUGUUAAAUAUCAAGUGCAAGCUAUCGAUUACUUUAACCAGACUAUCCGUCUCAAAGAUCCGAAUGUGAACAAGGAUAAUUGCUCAUCUAUUCCUCUUCAUUCUUGGGCCGAUCAUUAUAGUAACAAUUUUGUAAGAUAUGGAGAAACGAUCAGUCUACUUUUCCUCAAGUGCACAAAUUCAGUGAACGAUCCUCUUUAUGUAGACGCCUCUGCUUGCAUUGAUUCGAUUGCUCGCGAUUCAGGCGGCGGAGGAGGAGGAAGAGGAGGAUACUGGUAUGUUAAAGUUGGGCUCACUUAUGCAUCGGAGUUGGUAGAUUUAUGCCGUAUAGAGCUGAUAACUUUGACAUCUUGGCCACAACUAAAAGAUUUGCAAAAUAUUUCGUAUUUGAAUGUUCAUGAUUCAAUGGCGUAUGGAUUUGAAGUUGGAUGGGGUUUAACCUCCGAUUUCUACUGCAUCAACGUCGGUGCUCAAUGUCUUCAUCGGCCCGGUGGAACUCUACUGAAUUUUGUAGCUGAUGUGUUUGGAUUUGUAGAUGCUCUCCUCUUUCGGAUACUAACUCCGGCGACCAUUGUGCCCCGAUUCGAUGCCUAUAUCCGUCAGGAACCAGUGUAUCGUAUUACUUCACAAGGUAAGCCUCUACCACCUGCUGCUCUGCUUUGCUCAUACAAUAAUGAAACUCAAAUUCGUCCGUCUUGCAGUUCCACUUCCGAUGAUAUUCCCAUCUGUUCUCCUGUACUAUCUUGCCAUUCUAGUCGUUGCCGCCCAGUAUUGUACCGUAUAGUAUUAUUCAUUUGCGGAGCUCCCUGCACUUUCGCAUUUCUAAUGUAUAUAUGGCACCGGAGGCAUUUAUCGAUGUACGAUAACGUUGAAGAAUUCUUGCAAAGCCAAGCCAAUUUUAUGCCACUUAGGUAUUCUUACUCGGACAUAAGAAAGAUCACCAAUGGGUUCAAAGAUAAGUUAGGUGAAGGAGGUUUCGGUUCUGUAUACAAAGGAAAGCUUCGUAGCGGCCGUUUAGCCGCUAUAAAGAUGUUAGACAAGUCGAAAUCUAAUGGAAAUGAUUUUAUCAGUGAAGUGGGUACGAUUGGAAAAGUUCAUCAUGUCAAUGUGGUGCAUCUUCUUGGUUUUUCUGUCGAAAGAUCACAUCGUGCUCUUGUAUAUGAAUUCAUGGCUAAUGGGUCUCUUGACAAGUUCGUUUUUUCUCAAGAACAUGAACAAAUGCUGAGUAUUGAGAAAAUGCACGAGAUUUCACUCGGAAUUGCUCGGGGGAUCGAAUAUCUUCAUCGAGGUUGUGAUAUGCAAAUUUUGCAUUUCGACAUCAAGCCUCACAAUAUUCUUCUCGAUGAAAAUUUCAUCCCGAAAAUUUCCGAUUUUGGACUAGCAAAAUUGUAUCCGACAAAUAACAAUACAGUGCCUCUCACGGCAGCUCGAGGAACAAUAGGUUACAUGGCUCCAGAGUUGAUCUAUAAAAAUAUAGGAAGUGUUUCUUACAAGGCGGAUGUGUAUAGCUUCGGAAUGUUGUUGAUGGAAAUGGCAGGAAGAAGGAAGAACUUGAAUGCAUUUGCAGAGCAUUUAAGCCAAAUCUACUUCCCUUCAUGGGCUUAUGACCAAUAUAAUGAAGGAAAUGACUUACAAUUAGGUGAUGCUACAGAGCAGGAGAAGAGCAUAACAAAGAAGAUGAUUAUGGUAGCAUUAUGGUGCAUACAACUGAAGCCAAUCGAUCGUCCUGCAAUGAAUAAAGUCAUAGAGAUGCUCGAAAGCGAGGUUAACGACAUUGAAAUGCCUCCAAAGCCUGCCUUGUCAUUACUAGAUCAUGCAGAAUAAAGAUGGUAUUAUAAUCUAAGUGAAAGCUCAGCAUAAAUCAAGAAAUAUCUGUAAAGUGACUGUAGAAAAUAAAAUAACAAGAAAUAAAGUAAGUGAUAAACUUGAAUUAAGUUUUAAAUUUGACAUUGAUGCA